GAUCGCUUUGCUGGUACCAAAUGGGAAGAAUCAAAUGGAAAUUCAAUUCCCAUUAUGGAGCCAUGACCCGUUUGUAUUCACUUAUGCAAAAUUUAACCAUCGCUAUCACAUUUGUCAACGAUCGCCCUCACAAUUUCUUUCGAAAUGGUACUAGACGCGUUGUGGACAACCAACCGGAACUUGGCGAAUUUCGACGUGCCUUACCACAAUUUAUAGCUGUUGGUGUAAAAAACAUUUUGCUCUUUGUAUAUGGCAUGACCCUUGGUUUUCCAACGAUUGUUAUACCCGCUAUCCAGGGUGGCGAUGGACGGGAACCUAGCGACAUCGUUCUUAGUAGAGAUGAAAUUUCUUGGUUUAGUUCCAUUAAUCUGAUAUGUGUUCCACUGGGAUGUAUAUUUUCUGGAGCAUUCACAUCACCGAUCGGGAAAAGGAAGGCUAUGCAGCUGGUAAAUUUCCCUAUCCUGGCUUCCUGGCUGCUUUUUCAUUUUUCCACUAGUACUGGAUAUUUAUAUGCUGGGCUCUGCUUAUCUGGCCUUAGUGGUGGUUUGAUGGAAGCCCCGGUACUAACAUAUGUAGCUGAAAUCACGGAACCGAAAUAUCGUGGAAUGCUUGCUGCUUCGGGAUCAGCUUGUGUUAUCCUUGGAGUCUUCAUACAAUUCGUGCUGGGAUCAAUAUUAGAUUGGCGGACCAUUGCCGCUGUCAGCACUGUUUUCCCCGUCAUAAGUAUUAUUGCUUUAUUCUUCGUUCCGGAGAGCCCACAUUGGUUGAUCCGAAUGAAUCGCUUCCCGGAAGCUGUGAAAUCACUUACUUGGCUACGUGGAUGGGUUCCUGAAUAUAAAGUCGAAGCCGAGUUCAAUGAACUGUAUGAUAGUAUCAUUGUGAAACCAUCGCAAGAGCAAGCGGCGGAAGAAGUAAAAAGGUCGCCAGUUAUGAAAUAUUUACGACUAUUCAAGAAACGAUCUUUUUUGUCGCCAUUCUGUCUUAUUUUGUUGACAUUUUUCAUUGGGCAUUUUUCUGGGAAGACCACAUUACAAACUUAUGCUGUUCAGAUUUUCCAUACUCUGAAGACGCCGGUGGAUAAAUACCAUGCUACUAUCUUGCUUGGUUUGGCAGAGCUUAUUGGUACAAUAUUGUGUAUUGUCCUUAUACAUUUCACUGGCAAAAGGCCAUUAGUCUUCGCUUCAACUAUUGGCUGUGGUUUAUGCAUAUUUGGUACGGCUACAUAUGCUUACUUCUUGAAAUCAGUUCCCGGAUUUGCAAUAGCCAAUGUUGUAACAAAUGCAUCAUCAUUAGUACCGCAGGAAAACAUCAUUACCCUUCAAAAUGUAACAGACAUUUUCGACAAAGAAGAGGAAGCUUUGGAGAGAAGUGAACUCUUGAGUGUUUUGAGGCUUAAACCUGAAACCAUUAUUACAACAAUCCCUCCUGAAUUACCGGAAACAACUACGAUUUUAUAUUUAGACUACUUCGAUGGUGAUUUCAACGCAACUAACAGUUCCCGAAGGUUAAUUCGUAGCGCUGACUUCGAGGAUAAUUUCAAUAUAACCGAUGAUUACUUUGAUUUCACCAAUACCGGGAACAGUCCUGAUUUUGAAGUGGAUUCUAACCAGACAGAUUUUCUAAACUAUGAUGUCUUUAAUGAAACGACUCAGGACAAUACAGAACCACCAGUGCUCAUUGACCUUGACGAGAUUCUCAAUCCUCUAGAAGACAAUCCUGAAAUACACAAGAAAAUCCUGGUUCCCGUGCCUAAACAGAAAAAAAACAAAUACCUCUGGAUCCCGCUGAUAUUACUUUUGGGCUCCGCAUUUUUCGCUCAUUUGGGAAUUCGUCUUAUUCCGUGGAUGCUUAUUGGCGAAGUUUACCCGGCCGCGAUUCGAAGCAAUGCAUCGGGAAUAUCAGGAGGAGUAGGGUAUCUUUUUGGAUUCUUAGCUAAUAAACUCUUCUUACAAAUGCUUUCAACAAUGACAAUGCCUGGUACCUUUUGGUUUUACUCAGCUGUAAGUUUUGUUGGCACAAUACUGUUAUAUUUUCUGCUUCCGGAAACAGAGGGUCGGUCUCUGAGUGAUAUUGAAAAAGAAUUUUCCGGAAAUAGAAACAAACAACCAAAGGAAUCAGAAGAUAAGAAUGUUGAAGAUGAAACCCCACCGAACGCUCGAAACAAUCUUCAGCAAAUGGUCAGUUCCGGAGAGACAAUGUGGACUAUCCCGACUGACAGACUGAACUUUGAUGCUAGUCGCCUGGCAAAUGGUCGCGAUUUAAAACAAACUCGAACGAGAUGGGAUUGUGGGGAGGACAACAAAGCAUUUACUACGGAUGAGUUUCGACAGAAUACCACGAAAUUGUAGCCUUAAUGUUGUGUAGAACUAUGUACAUAUUUGUAGUUUUUAAGAAAUAGAUAAAAGUUAAAUUUCA